AUGCCAACUCCGAUCAAAGACUGGCCUGCUUGGGCCGAAUACACCCAUGAAGGCCCAAAUGAGGCCGCAGACCCUGAAUUUCUAGCUGUCAAAAAGGCUAUCAUUGCCGAGUACGGCACGUCCGCUAUCCGCAAGAGUUGGAUAAAAGUAUGCAAGGAGCUCCAGAGCGUAACCGACGAGAUAGCAGAGAAGGGCAAUAAGGUGAUACCGGUAUUUGACACGACGAAGAUCCUUACGAGUGGUUUUACCUGCGCCCAGAAAAACGAGAUAAAGCGUGUUGGCGCUUUCGUCUGUAGGGCGACAGUUCCGGAGAAGGAAACUAAGAAGCUCUACGACAAUCUUAAGCAAUUUAUAGCUGACAAUGAGGGGUCUAUCAAAGGUUGGCCGAAGGAGAGCCCAUCCAUGCUCAUCCUGUACAACUCACCAACUCAGAACACUCUCCGUUCACAUCCCAACCAUCUCAACCUCCAGCGUAAGCUGAAUGAGCUGUGGCACGAUUCAACGGGUGUGACCACCUCAGAACCUCUCAUUUACCUGGAUGGUGUUCGCGACCGUGCGCCAGGACAACCAUUCCUCGGCCUGGGACCACAUAUCGAUGCCGGCAGUCUCUCUCGCUGGGCCGAUCCAACUUAUCGGAAGGUAUAUGAGAGCAUUUUCUCAGGAAACCCUGAAAAAUUCAACCCUUUUGACCUGAGUGUGCGCAAAGAUGCCAAUCAGGCCUUAUACGAGGGUAUGGCGCACUCGAAGGUGCUGCGCACUUUCCAAGGCUGGACUGCCCUGACACCUACGGCUCCGCGGGAAGGCAGCAUCAUGUUUUAUCCGAAUGUUAAAACAGUCAUCGCUUACAUGCUUCUACGUCCGUUCUUCCAACCGCCGGCUGAUCCAGGUGUGGAUAUUAUGGAUGGUGAGAAUUGGACAAUUGAUGGCUCGACGGGUUGGUUCCCGGGGACUUUCAAGGCGGAGAGCCAGCGUCUCAGCCGGUCAUCGCAUCCUCAUCUUAGGCUGGAAGAAUGUCUGGUGUAUGCUCCACCAGUGAAGGCAGGAGACACGGUCUGGUGGCAUUGUGAUCUCUGCCAUGCCGUGGACACGGAACAACUAGGGACAAGCCACGCAUCAGUCGCGUUCAUAGCCUCAUGUCCGACGACUCCAGUUAACCAAGAAUACGUCAAAAUGCAGCUUGCGUGCACACUUGAAGGUCGCGUGGCUCCCGACUACUUAGAAGGCAAUGAUCUCGAUGAAACUAAGUUGAAAGGAUAUGUUGGACUGGACGGGCUUGGGACAGAGGCACGGCGGGCAUUUGGCUUUCACCUUUUGAAAAACGUUUGA